GAUAAAUGGUGUACAUCAAGAAAAUUAUUCUACUAAGUCCGGGUGUACGUUCCCCAAAUUUAACACAUGUAGAUUUGCUGCGCAUUAUUGUAGAUUCCAACCCUGGAUCCCACAUACUAAGAAAAAAAAAUUACUCUGCUAAUUAGUUUAUCUGUGUGGACAAGACAAGAUCUGGUGUAAAGGCACAGCUCUGAAUCUACUGCUGCAUCUUCCGCCAAUUUCUGGUCCAUUCCUAUACUAGACACUCAACCAACGGCCGCUCCCAUAUUCCCAGCCGGCUGGGAUUUUUAUGCAAAACCCAAUCCCCUCAGCUACCGACCUUCUCCUUUACCCCCUCCCCACGAUUCAGGAUUCCCCCACCCCCGCCACUCCGUUCACCAAACCUGUAAAGAAACAACGUGCCAAGAUCCCUUUUCCCACCAGUACCGGUUUCAUUAAAAAUCUAUCCCUUUCUUCACUUAUUCAGGUGUCUUCUUAUGUUGGAGUAUUUGUUUCUACUCAUAAAUCUCACUCAAAUGUAUGCUUCAACAAACCAUGCCUUCUUCCCUGUUCUGCUCCCGAAUUAGGUAGGCUUUCUGUUUUCGAAUUCAGAUUUACAGGAAAAGAAGAAGAAGAGAAAAGAAAAAGAACUGACCAUGGCGGCUGAGGAUUCAACCAAGGGAUCGGUUUACUUGUACGGCGACUUAUAUUUGCACGUAAUUGAGGCCCGUCAUCUCCCCAACAUGGACCUCACUUCUGAGCGUCUCCGCCGCUGCUUCACCGUCUGCCAGCCCUGCAUUAAACCCCUCUCCUCCGACUCUUCCGACCCCGGACUAGAACAUCACCACCACGAUAAGAAACUCAUCCACCAUCACCCCAAAAUCAUCACCAGCGACCCUUACGUUACUGUCUCCGUCCCUCAAGCCACUCUCGUCCGCACCCACGUGGUGCCCAACUCCCAGAAUCCCAAGUGGGACGAGAGGUUCAGUAUUCCCAUGGCUCACCCUCUUCAGUUUCUGGAGUUCCGGGUCAAGGACAAUGACGUUUUCGGAGCUCAAAGUAUGGGGACAGUGAAAAUACCCGUUGAUAGAAUCGCCUCUGGAGAAGUGAUCUCCGGGUGGUAUCCGUUGACUGACCAAGAUGGGAAGCCGCCGAAACCGGACUCCGCUCUCCGCUUGGAGAUGAAAUUCGUUCCUGCUGAUAAAAGCCCGUUUCACAAGCAUGGCAUUGCGGGCGACCCGGACCAAAAUGGGGUGAGGAAUACUUAUUUUCCGCUAAGAAAAGGGCAUUCGCUUACCCUUUAUCAGGAUGCUCAUGUUACUGAUGAUGCCAAGUUGCCUAGGAUUGAAUUGGACGAUGGGAUGGUUUAUGAGCAGAAUAAAUGCUGGGAAGAUAUCUGCUACGCGAUAGCAGAAGCUCAUCAUUUGAUUUACAUUGUGGGUUGGUCCGUUUUUCACAAGAUUAAGUUGAUUAGAGAGCCCACUCGGCCGGUGCCGCGAGGUGGGGAUUUGACUCUAGGAGAAUUGUUGAAGUAUAAGUCACAAGAAGGGGUUCGGGUUCUGCUGUUGGUUUGGGAUGAUAAGACUUCUCACCAUAAACUCUUCAUUAAAACGGAGGGGCUGAUGCAAACCCAUGAUGAAGAGACCAAGAAAUUUUUCAAGCAUUCAUCCGUGAUUUGUGUUUUGUCACCACGUUACGCCAGCAGUAAGCUCAGCUACAUGAAACAGAAGGUUGUUGGCACUUUCUUUACCCACCAUCAGAAAUGUGUUCUUGUAGAUACGCAGGCUUUUGGUAACAAUCGAAAAAUUACUGCAUUUUUGGGUGGUCUUGAUCUCUGUGAUGGUCGCUAUGAUACUCCUGAGCAUCGAAUAUUUCAUGGGCUUGACUCUGUAUUUAAGGAUGAUUUCCAUCAACCUACAUUUCCGGUAGGAACGAAAGCUCCUAGACAACCAUGGCAUGAUUUACAUUGCCGAAUUGAUGGGCCUGCUGCAUAUGAUGUCCUCCUGAACUUUGCUCAGCGUUGGAGAAGAGCAACAAGGUGGAGAGAAUUUAGUAUACUAAAGAAGCGGAUGGCCCGUUGGCAUGAUGACGCCAUGAUAAAAAUUGAACGUAUAUCGUGGAUACUCAGUCCAGCGCUGUCUGUUUCGAGGGAUGGAAGUGAUAAGGUUCCUGAGGAUGACCCCAAACUAUAUGUUUGUGGUGUAGAUCACCAAGAAAAUUGGAAUGUGCAGAUUUUUCGGUCCAUCGAUUCAGGAUCAGUCAAGGGCUUCCCCAAGUACAUUUAUGGUGCUGAGGCAGAGAAACUCAAUUACUCGAAAAAGCUGGUGAUAGACAGAUCCAUCCAAACAGCAUAUAUACAGGCUAUCAGAUCUGCUCAGCAUUUCAUAUACAUUGAGAACCAAUAUUUUCUUGGCUCAUCAUAUGCUUGGCCAUCAUACAAAGAUGCAGGAGCUGAUCAUCAAAUCCCAAUGGAGUUGGUGCUGAAAAUUGUGAGUAAGAUAAGAGCUGGGGAGAGAUUUGCGGUGUAUGUUGUUGUACCGAUGUGGCCUGAGGGUGAUCCCAAAACAAAUAGCAUGCAAGAAAUUCUUUUUUGGCAGAACCAGACAAUGCAGAUGAUGUAUCAGAUUAUAGCUGAGGAGCUUAAAACCAUGAAACUUGUUGACUCUCAUCCCCAAGAUUAUUUGAAUUUCUAUUGCCUUGGCAAGCGUGAGGAGAUUCCAGAUACGAUUAGUCAGUCUAGUGGAGAUGCUGAUAAGGUGUCUGACUCCAUGAAGUAUAAGCGCUUUAUGAUAUACGUUCAUGCAAAAGGAAUGGUAGUGGAUGACGAGUAUGUAAUCAUAGGGUCUGCAAAUCUGAACCAAAGAUCUAUGGCCGGCACAAAAGACACUGAGAUUGCUAUGGGUGCAUAUCAGCCCCACCACACAUGGGCCAAAAAAACCCAGCAUCCGCGUGGGCAGAUAUAUGGCUACAGAAUGUCACUGUGGGCUGAACACCUUGGUCUGGAGAAUGAGGAGAAACAUUUUGAAGAUCCCCAAAUGUUGGAAUGCGUGAAAAGAGUUAAUGAGAUUGCUGAAGAUAACUGGAAGAGAUACACGGAUGAGAAUUUCAGCUUGCUGCAAGGCCAUCUUCUCAAGUACCCAGUACAGGUAGAUGCUGAUGGCAAAGUAGGCCCCUUGCCGGGAUGCGAAACUUUCCCCGAUGUCGGGGGUGGAAUAGUUGGAACUCAUUUCACUGCUAUUCCUGACGUCUUGACAACAUAGUACACUUGAUCAUUGAGACCAAGAAGUUUGUGAAAAUGGCAUCUGGUAGCCAGUUGCAUAUCUGUGCAAUAAAUCUGGAGUGGUUGUAUGGGUUGUUUGGGUGUAAAGUAGACGUGUUUGUACAUGUACUGGUAUUAUGGAUGCAAAAAGGGGAAAAUAAGAGAGAAGUUGUACUUGAUUGUAAAAAGAUUAUUCAUUAUUUGGUUGAUUCUUUUCUUCUUUACCCGUAUUUGUAAAGGCACGGUGUUUUGGCUGGUCGUGUAAAUUUGAGUGCUGUUGAAUUGAGCGCUUGUGGUUGCUCUUUUACGGAAAGCUCUGAGCACACUUGGUUAAAGCAGAAUCGGGACUUUCUUGAGGAUGAAAGCCAAAUGGAGCAUUUGCGUUAAGCUUUUCUUUAA